UCAAAUCUGACAUAAUUAAACUAUUGUUAUAUAGUCACAAAUUCAUUUUCAAUCAUGGGAAACAAAACGCAUUCCACGAGUUCGAAUUUUCACCAGAAAAUUCUCAUUCUCCUGAUAGAUCCAAUCCAACAGAGUUUUCGAGAAACAAACAGCGUCAGAAGAAACAAGUCUCAAUUUUCAACAAAGGUUAUUCUCACGUUUUUCUGCCAAUAUAAGUUGCUUUGGCACCAACCUUCUACAUCAGAAGAGAAAAAACCCAGAAAAAUAGAGAGAGAAAAAGGCAAGAAACUCAUGGAAAAUCUUGGGAAUUCUUGAUGAAAAGAAAAAACGCAGAAAAGAAAGAGAAAAAGGCAAGAAACCCAUGGAAAUUUUUGGGAAUUCUUGAAAGUUGGGAUCAUAACAAUUAGCACCAUAUAUGUGAUUGGUUUGAUGAAGAGUUUGGGGUGGUUUAAGUUGAGGAUUGGAUUUGAAGGCUACGAUGAGAUUUUAAUACAAGGGGAGAAUCAAUCAUCAACAUUAUCAGAAAAGCAGUGGAUGUAGAUCAUGCAAGAUCGUACGGCCAUGGAUGAAAUACCAGGGUCUGUGGGGACCUGUGCCAGUUUUGCUCUGAGAUUGGGACAGACCGUCUUCUCUUGUGCUUCUCUUCUGUUCAUGUCUCUGGGUGUUGAGUUCUACAGCUAUACUGCCUUCUGCUUCUUGGUAACAGUCAUGGGUUUGAUCAUUCCAUGGAGUUCCACUUUGGCAUUGAUCGAUGCAUACUCCGUCCUUGUUAAAUGUCCUAUUCGUCAGCCGGGAAUAGUCCUGAUCAUCGUCGUAGGAGAUUGGGUCUUGACAGUUCUCACACUAGCUGCAGCCUGCUCAACAGCUGGUGUAGUGGAUAUUCUGCUCAGAGCGGACAAAUCUUAUUGCCCUCAAAAGUUUUGUAGUAGAUAUCAGAUCUCUGCCGCAAUGGCCUUCUUGUCAUGGUUUCUGUCUCUGGCUUCCUCUCUUUUCAAUCUUUGGCUACUUCCUUCAUUGUGAUUUUCAUUCUGUAGUCUUCAAAUAUGCAUAUAAUCAUAUGUUUUUUUUUCUUUCAAAAUGACAGAUCGAUUUGCAUCUGAAUUUUGUACAUAGAUGGUGAUCAAAUUUUGACAGGAGUAAUCCAAAA